UGAAAAGACGCGAAAGAAAUAUUUAUCGGUUAUUGGCAGCGGUGCGGUACAUAAUCGCGCUGCUUCGUGAGGUGAUCAGCUCCUUUUCGUUCGACAGCUCUGUGAAACGGUCACAGAUGAAGGAGAAACAAGUCGAGCUCGUCUGCUCGUUGUAAAUAGGCAGGUUAUCUCUCACUAUCGUUGAAUGUUAUUGCGUCGCGGAAGAAAAGCUCAUCUAAAGGACGGCAUCCACGGCACGAGCUACACCGACCCGCACCGACCACACGGACGAAGCUCUCGUUGUAAGACGUAAAAGAUAUGGUAGGAAAGAAAAAGAAGAUUGUACGCGCGGAGAAGGCCGGUCUCGCGGGAGGGGUCGAUAAGAGAAAUCGAGCCGGGCGUGCUACGUGGAAUCGUGAAAGUGAAGAUUAUUGACACGGCAUGAGUAUGGAGCGACUAAAAAAGAAGCUGAGGGAGUACGAUCAGGAACAUCUGCUCAGAUUUUGGGAGGAGUUGACGGACGAGGAUAGGAAGCAACUGGAGAAUGAUAUAGAUGAGCUUGACCUGCAGGAAAUUACGGCAUAUUUUAAGAAGGCUAUGGAAUCCUCUCAGAUCAUUGGCCAGAAUAUACUGGAUGACAAGCUACAGCCGAUUGAUGAGACCAAGAUAGCUUCUGUCAAGACAUCCACUGAAGAAGAGUUGAAUUUGUAUAAAGAAUAUGGUUUGAAAGAAAUAGCCCAAGGUAGAGUGGCUGUGUUAUUGUUGGCAGGUGGUCAAGGCACGCGACUAGGAGUCACCUAUCCUAAGGGGAUGUACGAUGUUGGAUUGCCAUCGCAUAAAACUCUUUUUCAACUGCAGGCAGAAAGAAUACUCUGCCUGCAAAAUAUGGCGCAACGACAAUAUGGGAAACAUGGAGAGAUAACUUGGUAUAUUCUUACUAGCGAAGCUACUCAUGUUGCCACUAUCGAAUAUCUAAGCAGACAUAAUUAUUUUGGUUUAAAAGAGAAAAAUGUUAAAACCUUCAAACAGAGUAUGCUACCGUGUUUCACCUUCGAUGGAAAAAUUAUUUUGGACGCUAAGCAUCGUAUUUCCAAGGCUCCCGAUGGUAACGGAGGAUUGUAUCGUGCUUUGAAAACUCAAAAAAUAUUGAACGAUAUGGAACAACGCGGUAUUCGGAGUAUUCACGCACAUUCCGUGGACAACAUCUUGGUGAAAGUAGCAGAUCCUACAUUCAUAGGAUACUGCUUGCUAUCUGAAACCGAUUGUGGAGUUAAAGUUAUCGAAAAGUCUUCGCCUUCUGAAGCCGUUGGCGUAGUUUGUAAGGUAGACGAUCACUAUCAAGUAGUUGAAUACAGCGAAAUGACAAAGGAAACUGCAGAGCUUCGACAUGUCAGUGGGCAAUUGGUAUACAAUGCUGCUAAUAUAUGCAAUCAUUACUUUACGGUCGACUUUUUAAAAGACAUUGGACACCUUCAUGAGAAAGAUUUACUUUUGCAUAUGGCGAAAAAGAAAAUUUCAUACGUUAAUGACGAUGGGGAAAGAAUCGUUCCAAAAAUUCCUAACGGUAUCAAGAUAGAAAAGUUUGUGUUUGACGUGUUUCCUUUCGCAAAGAAUUUCGCGGUAUGGCAGGGAACGCGCAAGGAGGAAUUUAGUCCGUUGAAAAAUUCAAAUUCCGUUGGUCAAGAUUGUCCAAACACCGCUCGGAUCGAUUUGCUCAAUUUACAUAAAAAAUGGCUGUUGGAAGCCGGUGCAAAACAAGUUGAAGACAAUGUCGAAAUCUCUCCCUUGCUCUCGUAUGCGGGAGAAAAUUUGUGUCAAAUCGUAAACGGUCAAUCUUUCGUGGGACCACAAAUUCUCGAAUAAUAAGGGACAAUUUUUCAUUCUUUUAUAAUAAUGACAUAUU